AAGUAAUGAACACACAAACAGAGCAAGCUCACACCCUUCCCUUCCUCACUUCAAACUCAAACCAACACCAACCACAAGAAGAAGAAGAAGAAGAAGAAGAAGAAACACCACUUGAGGAGGUACUCGCACGUUUAAAAGUGCUUCUUACGCUACUUGGCUUCAAUCAGUCUUCAUUCUUCAGCUUCACCGUGUCUUGGACAGCUUUCACGGUGGUGGGUGUGGCGGCGCCGCUCGUCGCUCUUCAGGUCUAUGACACUGACAAGAAUCAGAUAAAGGGUUUCGAAUUUGUGAUCGUUCUCUUUCAGACUUGUCUCGCCGCUGUGUCUUUGCUCUGUUUCUCUCACAAUCUUCGCAAGUAUGGCCUCACGAGGUUCCUCUUCGUUGAUCGCAACGCUGCUCAAAUGCCAUGCUUUCACCAUGCCUAUGUUACACAGAUUUCGGGGUCUUUACGGUUGAUCAUUCUGUGGGUAUUGUCAUGUUUCCUAUUGAAGACAGUGCGAGAAAUCACUCGCCUUUCGUUGGCAGAGCAUGGUUCAUUGUGGCUUUCUGUUGCUGUUGUGUUGGCUCUGAUUAUUUCUUGGACUUCUGUGAGUGCAAUCUCUUUAUCGGCCUGCGUUUUGUUCCACUUGGUCUGCAAUUUGCAAGUUAUUCACUUUGAUGAUUAUGGAAAGCUCUUGCAAAGGGAAAGUGAUGUGUUGCUUUUUAUGGAGGAGCACAUUAGGUUGCGGUACCAUCUUUCCAAGAUAAGCCAUAGGUUCAGAAUUUAUCUUCUUCUACAGUUCUUGGUUGUCACAGCUAGCCAAUUUGUGACUCUAUUACAGGUCACUGGGUAUGGUGGAACACUCACUUUUAUAAAUGGUGGAGAUUUUGCUGUUUCAACACUUGUUCAAGUGGUUGGGAUCAUUAUUUGUCUUCAUGCAGCAACGAAGAUUUCUCAUAGAGCUCAAGGCAUUGUUUCACUUGCAAGUCGGUGGAAUGCACUGGUAACAUGCGCUUCUGAUGCAUCUCAACUGAGAUAUUCGGCCAGUGCAGGGAGCUUGGAGGGUGCAAACCAUUUAAACCCAAUAUAUUUGGACUCCUCUGAAAGUGAUUUAGAGUCCAUGGAGUCUCUCGGGAUGCCUUCAAAUACACGGUUGGCUUUGUAUACGUCCUCGCAUCACAAGAGACAAGCUUUUGUAAUGUAUCUGCAGACGAAUCAUGGAGGAAUCACCAUAUUUGGAUGGACAGUUGACCGGUCUCUUGUGAACACGAUAUUUUUCCUUGAAUUGUCUCUGGUUACCUUUGUUCUUAGUAAGACAAUACUUUAAUGAUUAAAUUUGCAUGCCCACGCCAAUAAACCCUUUUGGCCUUAGGUCUUCUCGGUUGCCAUUAUUGAUUGAUUGAAAGGCCCUGCGGAUGUUCUGCAACUCUUCCUCAUG